CAGGCAGCAAGGUCCAGAUAUAAGAGCAAAGACAAACUAAUAACUUGGUUUGAAAAUCGUUUCCAUUUUAUUAUAAUCCUAAAGAUAAGGAUGGUCCACGUUCAGCGAACAAUACAGGUCUUUUGUUCUUGCAUUGUUUCGAUCGUUUUGGCCGCGCCUCGUGAUAGCCGUUCCUUUGUUUUUACCUUGAACCACCGUAUCGGUCGGGCCUUUGCUGAAAUAAUUAAAACAAAGACUCAAAUGCCAGACCACAUUAUACUUCCCUUCACUUACCCCCACAAACUUCUGCAUCGAAAUUAUGCCUAAGAAACUCACCCAAGAUCAUCUCGAGUCCUUGACUAGACAAGAGCUUCAGGCUCUCGCAAAAGUUAGUCCUUGAUUGAUCUU